AUGGCAGACGGUUCAAGCAUGAAAGGUUUUGGCGAUCAAGUCUACACAAAUCGAGAUGAAAUCCCAUUGAAAGAGGCUGGAACCGAGGAGAGUGACGAUGAUGAAAAAGAGCAAUUCUAUCCACCAGGCUCAAAGAUUGUUCCAAUUUUGAUAGGACUUUGCUUUCAAUCUUUUUGUAUGGCAUUGGACAACACAAUCCUCUCAACCGCGAUUCCCAAAAUUACCGAACAAUUUGACUCACUAGGCGACUUAUCGUGGUAUGCCAGUGCUUACCUCUUAACCACAUGUGCCGUCACUCUACCAUUUGGCAAAGUAUACACAUAUUAUUCGACAAAGUGGACAUAUAUGAUAGCUCUUGGCUUGUUUGAACUUGGUUCCCUAUUAUGUGCAGUCACACCAACAUCGAAGGGAUUGAUAUUUGGGCGAGCAAUUGCCGGCAUCGGAUCUGGAGGAUUGUCGCCGGGUGCUCUACUCGUACUCGCAAAUAGUGUGCCUCUUCACCGGCGUGCCCUUUAUUUUGGAAUUAUCGGCAGUACCAGUGGGAUUGCAACGAUUACAGGACCGCUGAUAGGGGGACUCUUGACUGAUCAUGUCAGUUGGAGAUGGUGUUUUUGGAUCAAUCUGCCUUUUGGUGUUCUAACUGGGAUUGUCAUUUUACUCUUCUUCAAGGAUUCCACGUCGCCAAAACCAAGAAAAAGCCGCGUUGGGCAGCUAAAGCGGAUGGAUCCCCUUGGUGUGCUUGCAUUCAUCCCGGCGAUCGUCUCACUUCUACUAUGCCUCCAGUGGGGCGGCACCAAAUACAGCUGGAGCAACCCUCGAAUAAUUGCUCUAUUUAUUCUGUUUGGGGUAUUCGGUUUUACAUGGUGCAUUAUCCAGAUCUGGAAGCAGGACGACGCUACAGUACCGCCCCGUUUGCUCAAGAAUCGAAACGUGCUUGGCGCAGUAAUUCACGCCACAUUCCUAGGAGGCUCCUUUUUUGUCCCUGGAUUUUAUCUUCCUAUCUGGUUUCAAGCAGUAAAGGAAGAUUCUGCAUCAGAAUCUGGAAUCAACAAUCUACCGAUGGUGGUGACUAUGAUUUUGUUUUCUGCUUUAGGGGGGCUGCUGGUAAAUGUCGUUGGAUACUAUGCGCCACUCAUGUUCGUUGGCAGUGCCUUUCUCUCGAUUGGCUCGGGACUGUGUGCAACUUUCAAAGUAAACAGCGGACAACCGCAGUGGAUCGGAUACCAAGUCAUUCUUGGAAUCGGAGCAGGACUUGGCUUCCAGCAAUCCAUCAACGCAAUUCAGACGGUACUGCCAUUACAAGACAUACCGAUUGGAAUUGCUAUCAUCACAUUUGCACAGAGCCUCAGUGGCGCAACGUUUAUUUCGAUUGCCCAAACCGUUUUUGAGAAUCGCCUUGUGGCCAGCAUAACGGCCAAUACUCCCAAUCUCAACCCAGACGCAUUAAUAAAAGUCGGAGUUGCAAAUCUAUCCCAACACGUGCCUAAAGGUGUUCUGCCUUUCGUCUUAUACGCCUAUAAUAUUGCCGUCAUUCAGACCUUCUACGUGUCUGUUGCUGCCGCACUACUCUCAUUUGUUGGCGCUGGACUUGUCCAAUGGAAGUCCAUGAAAAGACGACAGAAAAAUGACGGCGCAGCAGCUUGA